UAGCCCGGCGACGUCAACUUAAGAUAUCCAUUGACGAAGUUUGCUCUCAUGAGAAGGAUCAAGAGUUGCCCCUUCUUAGAUACCACGCUGCUGUACAUUACGGAAUCUUCAAAGAUCUCUUUGAUUCAUUAGCAUAUUUUGUACCUACUAUUGAUGUACCGGUCUUUUACCCUAUUGAGAAUUCAUCCAAUGUGGUUCCUGUUUACUUUGGUAAUCAAAUUACUGCUGAAAUAUCUCGGAGCGAGCCGUUGGUUGAUUUUUCUCGAUUACCGAAAGAUUUUCUCUGGACUCUAAUUAUGACUUGUCCAGAUGAACCCUUUUCAGAGUCGGACGAAAAUAAACCCAAUGAGUAUAUACAUUGGAUGAUAUCAAAUAUUAACCCUGAUAUUGACCGGAAUUCUGGGACUCCUAAAGGUGGUGAUCUGGUUGUUGAUUAUUUGCCCUCACUUCCCUACUUCGGAACUGGUUUUCAUAGAUAUGCAUUUGUACUCUAUCGGCAAGAUAAUGGUCCGAUGGACUUCUCUAAUGAAUUGAGAGGUCCUGUUCAAAAGAGUCAUCAUUUAGAACGUCAAUUUAGUACUAUUGAUUUCUAUAAGCGGCACCAGAAUGAUUUGACCCCUGCCGGAUUAUCAUUCUUUCAAGCCUCUUGGGAUGCAUCUGUUCGAUCGUAUUUCAGAGAAUAUUUACCCAAAUUAACUGAACCAAUAUUCGAGGUUGAGUUCCCAUCAGAACUCCCCCCACCCCAAGCUCGAUUUCCUCUGACGGAUUCAUGGUUCCAUGCGCGACGUCAUCCAUGGGGAAUUCCCCUAUCUAACUCCAGGCUGGGUGUCUUUGAGGAUGUUUCCUUCGACGUCUACCUGGACCGAUAUCGAGAUCGUCGUGAAAUGGACACGGAGAUGGUUAAAAUGCGAUUGGCCAAUGAGGGUAAUCCACUUUAUAAGCCUGAUCAUCCACGUAAGCAAUCAGAAUUCCCUCUCAUCAGCCCUCGUCUACCAACCAAUCACGAAGUACCAUCCUGGUGGCGACAGCAGGAAAUUCAUCGUCGUCUACGCAGGGGACGUUGGGCCAAGUUAGAGGGCCAUGAAGACUAA